GUCUGGAACUGGAAAUGACAGGCAGUCAGAGGGAGAGGUCUGCUAUCUCUGGAUAAACUAGUUGCUAGUCUGUCAAAGUUAAACUGUAAAUUAGAAAAACUGCAUCCCCCACUGCGAGUGUGUGGAUUAAAAUUAAAAUUAAGUUCUGACUGGAUUUACCAGGUAAAAGGAAUACUGGGACAACGCAGACAAAGAGAGUGAAGGUCAUGGCCACUGUGUUUGCUGAGCUACUCUCCCAGACUGAUAAAUAGAUAUACAAACAUAUCCCUCCAGUCGACACAGAUACACACAGUCGUGUGUGCUCCCUGUAUGUGUGAGGGAUGACAACCUCCCAUCUGAAUGGCCACGUCGGGGGAGCUGGAGAAGGAGGAGGAGGAGGAGAGGACGAGCUGAGAGGCCAACAGCACCGGGAAAUGGCCGUCGACUGUCCAGGAGAGCUGGGGAGUCGAACACUGCCACUCCGGCGAUCCGCACAGCUCGAGAGGAUACGACAACACCAGGAGGAUCUUCGUCGUCGUCGGGAGGAAGAGGGUCGGCAGCUUGACCUGAACGCCUCUCUGAGACUCAGGAAGUUGUCCCAGAAUCCCCACAUUGGAAUCGACAAUCCCACAUUUCUGCUGGACACACACACACCACAGCAGCCACCGCUAGACAUCCAGCACACACAUGCAUUGCUGGAGCUUGAGGAGUUGCUGCUGUCCCUGAAACAGGUCCAGGGCUGCCUUUCCGACCAGCAGAGUCAGAACGACAUCGAGCUGGUUCUUGCACUACUACACAAGUCUGAUUUCCAGUCGGCACUGAGGAUCCAUAAUGCCGUGGCCAGUAGUAUGCACCAACCCUCUCCUCCAUACCCACACACACAGCAGGCCCAUCAACUGGCAAUGGAGGUUCAAAAAAUGGUCCAGUCCAGUCAGAGCAAAGAUGGACUCGAACUCAACAGCUUGCUGUCAGAUACACAUAUACAGGCAUUGCUCCUGGCCCAUGAUGGUGUCGCAGAAAGGGAAAUGCAGCCUGAGCCGCCGCCACCCUCAGGAGAAACCCUGACCCAGUUGGGAGGAGAGACAGUCAAGAUAGUCCGCAUAGAGAAAGCCAGAGACAUACCAUUGGGAGCGACUGUGCGUAAUGACAUGGACAGUGUUGUGAUCAGUCGCAUUGUUCGAGGUGGCGCGGCUGAACGUAGCGGACUGCUGUCAGAAGGCGAUGAAAUAUUGGAGAUUAACGGCAUAGAGAUCAGAGGCAAAGAUGUCAACCAAGUGUUUGACAUUCUUGCGGACAUGCAUGGCCUCCUAACUUUCGUGUUGAUUCCCAGCUCUCAGAAUAAACCUCCUCCUGUCAAAGAGACUGUGAUCCAUGUAAAGGCCCAUUUUGACUACGACCCGUCAGACGACCCCUACGUGCCUUGCAGAGAGCUGGGCCUCUCCUUCCAGAAAGGAGAUAUUCUCCACAUUAUCAGCCAGACAGACCCCAACUGGUGGCAGGCCUACAGGGAUGGAGAUGAGGAAAACCAGCCAUUGGCUGGACUGGUACCAGGAAAGUGUUUCCAGCAGCAAAGAGAAGCCAUGAAACAAACCAUAGAAGAAGACAAGGAGCCUGAAAAGUCUGGGAAGCUGUGGUGUGCAAAGAAGAACAAAAGGAAGAGAAAGAAGCUGCUAUACAAUGCCCACAGGAAUGAUGAUUAUGAUAACGAGGAGAUCCUGACUUAUGAGGAGAUGGCUCUGUACCACCAGCCAGCCAACAGGAAGCGACCGAUUGCUCUGAUUGGUCCGGGCAGCUGUGGACAGGCGGAUCUUAGGCAGAGACUGCUCAACAGCCAACCAGAACGCUUCGCUGGAGCUGUACCCCACACUACACGGAGCCGUCGCGAAGGCGAGCUGAACGGCAGAGAUUACCACUUUGUGUCUCGUCAGACUUUCGAGACUGAACUGGCAGCUGGUAAGCUGAUAGAGUCUGGUGAGUUUGAGAAGAACCUGUAUGGAACUAGCACAGACUCAGUGAGACAGGUCAUUAACACUGGAAAGAUCUGUCUGCUCUGUUUGCACACACAGUCUCUAAAGGUGUUGAGGAGUUCAGAUCUCAAGCCUUACAUAAUCUUCAUAGCCCCACCCUCCCAGGAGCGUCUCCGAGCCUUAUUGGCUAAAGACAACAAGAACCCAAAGCCCGAGGAGCUCCGAGAAAUCAUUGAGAAAGCACGGGAGAUGGAGCAGAGCUGUGGUCAUCUGUUUGACGCUGUCAUCGUUAACUCAGACCAGGACAAGGCCUUCAGUGAGCUGCUGCGACUCAUCAACAAGUUGGACACCGAGCCACAGUGGGUGCCCUGCUCCUGGCUCCGCUGACCACAAAAACUAACACACACACACACACGCACACGCACACUCACACACACACGCACACACACACACACACACACACACACACACACACACACACACACAAACCAUUAGUCCACAGCAUACGCCUUUCUGUACAGUUUAAUAGACUGGACACUGAAACUGUUUGGGUUUCAGACUCACUGCUGUGGUGAAAAUAGAGUAUAUAUUAUACCAUGUACACACACAGAAUAGACAUAUCAGAUAUCCGAAAGCACAGAGUCCACAUAUAUAGAAUGUAUUGAUAUGGUUAGUGAGAGCAAAGAGAAGAUCCUGUUAUAGGAAACCAUGAACACACACUAAACUCAUCCUGGAAAGGGCCUACCCUGGUCCUUUUAUUUUUAAUUUUAUUUUAUUUUUCUUGGUUCAGCACUGACAUUCAUCUGGUAUUUGUUGAGAGUGAUUUCUUUCUCAUCAUCACAACUAUUUUGCCAGACCAAAAUCUGGGCCUGGGAUGUUUAUUAUUUAAAACUUGUACUUCCCUCUCAGAAGCAUGGGGCCUCAUUUAUAACAUAAAUAGAGAGACUUUUCCACUUUGCCUUUGACUUAAUCUGAUGAAGAUUUCAGUGAAUGCAGUUACAAAUUAGAUAAAAAUUUAUCUUUGGCAAAGAUGAAUUUUAGCUUUUGAUGUAUUACACACAUGAAAAAUCAGUUUGUAAACCUCUGAUUUUGACUUUGAGUCGCUUUCUUUUUAUAAAUCAUUGAAACUUUAGCCUCAAGCACUCAAUGUAAAUAAAUGAGGCCCCUAGUGAGGAGUAAAUGUGAAAAUCUUACAGAACUGUACGAUGUCCUGUUUUUUUUUUCUUUUUUCUUCUUCUUUCUCAUUGCUGGAACAAAAACAGCUACCAGUAUAUGCCUGCAAAAUGCUGACACUGGCCAAUGGCAUUGGCCAGUGUUGAAGUCCAAAUGCAGUUCACACAUGAAAGGAACAGUUCACCUAUUUUUGAAAAAAAAAAAAAAAAAAAAAAAAUAGGACAGUAGGACAGUAGUGGUGCUAUCUUCCUCUCAUUGUUACUGAGUGCUGGAUACUGGCUGGAUGCUCCAAAUGCUAACUGUUAGCCUCCUGCCAUCGAGGUGGACUUCCCGCCACUAACAUUAUAAAAAAUAGUCCACUCAAAGAAGUAUUGCUUUCCAGAACUAAAAGGCACAUACAUCUACCAUGUGCAAACACAUAAUUUUGCUUAGAUUACUGUUUCAGACUUUAUUUUUCCUGUUAUCCACAUCCAGAAAGAUCCAGUAACUUCUGCACUUCUUGUAUCACUCCAUGUCAGAGGAGCAGUAGCCACCGCAGAGACAGAAGUAGAUUGCUUGAGUUUGCUUUUGUUUGUUUUUAUUUCAUUAAACACAUGUAUGCAUAUUGGAGAAAAUUGUUAUUUUUCUCCUCCAGAGUACUAAAACAUAGCUAACAAAUAAUGUUGUGGCUUUCUUCUUCUUUUCUUCCACUCCCCUCUACCACUUUUCAUAUACCUUUCAGGUACCUACCAGCCACCAUUGUAACUGAGAACCAGCAAAGAAAAAGCAGUUCUACUGUUGAUUUUUUUUUUAAGUUCAACAUUUUUCUUCUAAUUCAGGUUGUAAUAAUUCUGCUAGAAAUCACAGAACUCAAACUUUGUUCAGUUAACAGUGGUUUAUGGUGGUUAUUUUUAAGAAUGUUAGCCAGGGGGAAGUCCACAUCAAUGUCAGGAGGCUAACAGUUAGCAGUGUUCAGCACUCAGUAACAGUGAGAGGAAGAUAGCACCACUACUGCCCUACAGAACAGCUAAGGGCAGGGAAAUAAUACGAUAUUUUUCAAAUUGGGUGAAGUCUCCCUUUAAUGCUUACUGAGCUGUAGCCUUCACACUGCAUUACUUACAUAGUACUCACACAAUGCAGUAAACAGUAAACCCUUAAAGCCACACUGAGCUGCCGCCUUCAUUGCUAGGAAGAACACACACAAUGCCAGUGCAUUAGCAGCUGACUCUCAUAGUGGAGAGUCAGUGGUGAUCCACAGCCUUCUGCUCGCUGACCCACUGACCCACUGAGCAACUGACUGACUUCCUGGCUGGCUGACUGGCUUCUGACUGGCCAGCCAGAUGCACACUACUACUAAAUCACACUAACAGAAAGGACACAGCACUUGAUAUCUGUUUUUCUGCCUGGCUGUUCCAUGUUGUGUGGACCGGUUGUCUUGCUGACUGUCUGCCUGUCCUGUCUGAACACAUUUUAAAAGAAAUGACCUCUGACCCCAAAUCGUGAGGAGGGAAUGGAUUCAAAAAGUUGAGUUGUAGUUUUUAGAUGUGUGUUCCUGAUCAGCAGGCAAUGUUGACUUUGAUUAUUAUAUAUUUAGAGAGAAUGUUUGUCUGGGUCUGUGUGCACAUGUCUCUGUAAGUGAACGUAUAUGGCUGUGUGUGUGUGUGUGUGUGUGUGUGUGUGUGUGUGUGUGUGUGUGUGCUUGUCUCUAAAGACAGCAAAGUAUUAUUACCUGAAAUAGAUCUGACACCAUAUCACUGUUGUUAUCACUGUGUAGAGCCUUUAUAUAUUUGAAAAAUAGAUCUAUGAAGUCCAGAAUGCACCAAUAGGAUCACACACUCUGCCGGACCCUCCCACCCUCCCUGCUAUUGGUCCAGAAGGCAGCAGCAGGGAGAUGAGGCGAAGUGGAAUUAGCUGAAUUGAAUGUAAAGUUGUUUAUUAAAAUCACUUCCUGUUUAUCCGACAUCACUUCCUCUUUGACAAACUCUGCUUUUUUCUAUGAAUAUUCACAAGAAUGAAUAAAUAAAUAAAUAGAUGAUUGAUA